UCCGAGACCCGAGCCCGCCCGACCCCCCCCCCCAUCAAUCGGGUGCAGCCCAGCGCCGCCACUUCUUCCCCGUUGACACCGACGUCUCCGCACCACCAGACAAACAUAUUGUUUCCAGCAAUGAAUUUGGUUCCAUUCCAAUCCACUGUACCACCGCCGCUAUGGUUUCCGAUGUUACCUCCCAACCUGCCAAUGUCCUGUGCCUUUUGGGAGACUAAAAAUGUGGAGGACCGGGUUAAAGAGCUGCAAGAUACUCUCGAUCUUGCAAAAGCAAUGGAGAAAGAGCUAGAGAUGUUGGCAAUGAUCAAAGACAGUAAUGAGAGUGAGAAAAGUGAGGACUAUGGGUCAAGUGGCAUUUCUGUUCAUAGGUUCAAAAAAAUAUUAGAAGAUAAGGGGUUUAGUUUGGAAUCCCAAGAGUCACUUUCUGUGGAAGCUGCGAAUACAUUGAUGUCAAAAUUAAGAGCUCAGCUUGAACCAUUCAAGGUGAUCAUGGAUGUAAGGACUCCGUGGGAGGAAAAGUCAGCAGCAGUUAGAUUGUCCGACAAAAUACGGAAGUAUAAACGAAAUAAACUUUGGAGGAAAAGGAAGAGGAAGCGCAUUGCGGAAAUGUUGACGAAGGAGCGUGAACGAUUUGAACAAGCUGAUCAAGAAGCUGAUGAAUGGAGGGCUAGGGAGAUUGCCAAGGAUAUUGCAAAGGGCAAGGUAGAUAAGAUGAAGGAAGUUGCGAAACUUAAAACAAAAGAGGAGAGAAAGAGACUAGAAUCUGAGCUUGAACAGAUAUUGAUUGUGGAGAAGUUGCAAGAGUUACGCUCCAUGAGGAUCCAAAAAUUGAAGAAACAAGGUCAUUUUUUCCCCGAGGAAGAUGACAAGUUUCUCGAGAGAGUUCGAGCUGCUGUUGAAGAAGAGGAACGCCAAGCAGUUGCUGCAGCUGACACAGAUGCUGCCAAGGAUGCCAUUGCAACUGCUGAAGAAUCUAGGAAAACCCUCCAGGGUCAUGGGCUCGACAAUACAAGCAGUGAGAAAGGCAGUAAAGACAGCAUAGACUUAGUAAUUGAGACUGAACAUAACAAAAGCACCAUUGUCACUGUCAAUGAGUCUGGACCACAAAGAUUGGAGGGACGAGUUGGUGGAGCUUAUGAUUUGGUGGCAAAUCUGCCAUUGGAGUUCUAUCAUUAUUAUCAUGGCAGCAACGCCGACAUGGGCACCCUUAUUGAGGUGAGGAGAACAUGGGAUGCAUAUAUAAGACCUGGAGGAAGCCGUAUUCCAGGGCAUUGGGUUCAACCACCUCCGCCAGCAGAUGAGAUAUGGGCAUCCUACCUGGUGAGGCCUAAAUGACACGAUGACUGCAGAGUUUGUGGCAGUUUUUGCUCAAAGUAUGGUUUCUUCCAUACUCUUGACUCCGGUUGCCGCCCAGCAGAUUGUCAUAUAAUUAAAGCAGAAAGAAAUAAGAAUGACAAAACAUCUGUGCAAGCCCUUAGCAUGUUAGAGUCAGAAUAGAUUUAACUCUGAACUCUGAAGCUAUGAAUUGGGAAACAAGGUGAUUGAUGCUCAAGACAUUCACGGAAAGCAUUUACAGAGGUUUUCAUGUGGGAUCGAGGAUCAUAUCAAUUAUCGAAGGUAUGUAUGUAUGUAUGACGGAAAAAGAUCUCCCGAGUAAGUUCGAGCAAGAACUUGAGGGGACGUUAAUCAAAAGAUACAACUCUAUAAACUGUUAUCUGUUUUGCCAUUACCGAAUGGUUGGUUUUGUUCAGUAAAUGAUAAAAAAAUACUCUCUUGUAAGAUAGUUACAGAGAUCAGCUUGUUGAAAUCUCAA